CGCUGUCCGUCAGAGAGGAAACCGUCUCUGUGUGUUUGAACCUUCAGGAUAAAAGUUAGUGUUUAACAUCUGUGAAGGUUUUUAUUAAAACGUUCAUAUCUGUCAGGAUGACUUCAGCUGGAGCUUCUCUUCUUCUGCUGUUUCUCUCCGCGUCGGUCUUUGCACACGGCACCACUGUCUAUAAAACAGAUGAGUUUCUGGGUCCGGCCGAGUGUCUGGAAAACAAGUUUGAUCGGGACUCAUGUGACCUGGUGUUUUGCCGUCCGUGGCAGUCCUGCGUUAACGGACGUUGUGCCUGUAGACCGCCUUACAAAUGUCCCACAGAGGGUUUGGCCCAAGUCUGUAGUCAUAGCAACAAGCUGGUUCGCUCCUACUGCCAGGCGAUGGCCGUUUCCUGCCAGACCAAAAAACCUUUCAUGUCCCACUUUGGAGAAAGCUGCACUGCGGAUGAACCGAAGUUCAGCAGCUCAUUAGAUGAGUUCACAGGAUUGGUCCGACUCUUUGUUCCUGGUACUGGGAGCACUGGGGGAGGAGGGGAGGACUUACUGGUGUGUCAGGAUCAGUGGGACACGGCUGCUGCUAACGUGGCCUGCAAGGAGAGCGGACACACACUAGGUGCCGAAGCAGCUGACACCUUGUCCUACGUUUCCCUGACGAGCGUCCCCAGCGAGAGACCGUUGCCGGACAGGUGCGUGAGCGUCCGUUGCCAAGGUUACGAGAGCUCCCUGUCAGAGUGCGUCAUCCACAACAAGACCAGCAUCAACGACGGAAACGUCGCUGCGGCAACCUGUGCACAACCGGCAACAGAUGAGGAGUGUGACUUCAGGUGUGUGAGCGGGAAGUGUUUGUCUCUGAGUCAGACGUGUGACGGAGUUGAUGACUGUGGCGACCGCAGUGACGAGAUGUGCUGCAAGAUGCAGGGCUGGGCUUUCCGCUGCAGCUCAGGUGUGUGUUUACCUAAAGACGCAGUCGGCGACGGACAGAUCGACUGUCUGGACGGUGAGGACGAAUCAAGGAAACACACAGAGUUGCAGACGCCGAACUCUCAUCUCACAUACACAGAGUUCAUCUCUCCUAGAAAUGAAAUUAGGGUCACGCGAGCACACAUGGAGUCCAAGGUGAAGUGUGGUGUUCCUAAAGCAGGCAGUGAUGAUGAUGAGGAGGAGGAGUGGGGAUCAAUAUCUAGACGUGUGAAGAGAGUGGUGGGAGGGCAGCGAACAAAACCGACUCAGAUCCAAUGGCAGGCUGCUAUUAUGAUUAACAGAAGGCUCGAGUGUGGAGGAGCUUACAUCGGAGGCUGCUGGGUAGUCACUGCUGCUCACUGCCUCGGGCCCAACCCUUUGCUCUCUAAACCAACUCCUGGUCCAGAUGACCGAAUCCCUCGAAAGCCUAAUCAGGUGACGGUGAAGUUUUCUCUUUGGCAAAUUGCAAGAGCUCUGCCCACAACAGACGUCGUUCCUGUUGCAGAUCUCCACAUCCACCCUCUGUACAAUCCCUACACCCGUGAGAAUGACAUUGCUUUGGUGCAACUGGAGAAACUUCCUUUCGAAGAGGGGUGUCUCUUGAACAACCCAGCAGUCACCCCGGUCUGCGUUCCCUGGACCUCCAGGCUCUUUAAUCCCAACCACACCUGCACCAUCUCUGGAUGGGGACAAACUGCAGGUGGCAGAAGGGCUCAUUACUUAGAGUGGGCCAAUGUUUCCCUCAUUGAAGACUGUCAGAGAUUCCACAAUGACGACUUAAAACCUGGCAUGAUCUGCGCAGGUGCUCUGGACGGCAGUGUUGACGCCUGUCAGGGGGAUAACGGAGGUCCUCUGGUGUGUGAAGAUGAACUUGGUGUUUCUUACUUGUGGGGAAUCGUCAGCUGGGGGAGUUGUGGCCGGCCGCAAUCACCUGGAGUUUAUACACAGGUUGCUCAUUACUUUGAGUGGAUCAGACGUCAUACCGGCUGGCCGACUGUGACCAGGUUCAACUUCUGAUAACGCUCCCACAAUCAAUCACAUACGGAUUCUAACUCUCCUCAUUUUUGUAUCCAUUUGUUUCUGUAUAAAAUAAAAGACAGUUACCAUUUUAACCAUUAUUUUUUGUUUGGGUUUAUUAAUGUACCAUCAAUAAAACAUUAUGUUGUAAUUCUUUAACAAUUUUAACAAUUAAAAUACUGUUUGUCACAUCCUG